GAGUGUGGUGUAAUCUUACCAUGGGAUAUGCCGUUGUUGUUUAACGAAUUGGAAGUUUUCAUAACAAACACCACUUUACUGACAGCAGGGAGUACAUAACUCGGCCAUCCCCUUGGAGACGCCACUGUUGAGAAUGUGGAGAUGGGUAGACCGUGCGUAUAAUGUUUGAUUCCCUGUCCAAGGCUCCUGGAGUUCCUAUACUGCGUUUCUGAUGCAAUAGUUCAUGUCACGUAUCUACUAGCAGGGAGUUCACAACUUGCCCACCCCCAAAUUGGCCAACAGGGCGACGCAACUGCCGAGUGCGCGACAUUCUGAGAGUGGGGCACAGAGGAGGAGACCCCAGACAAUUGGAAGGAUCAGUAGUAAUCCCUUCUGGCACAGUCUCCCUGGGUAUUCUUGGGAUUCUGCCUAGCUUACCUGGACGAAUACCUGCCCACAUGUUCACCACAUCUCCAUUUACGCAAAAUCAUAUCCAUGAGAAGAACAGAAUUGAUGUGAUAUACCUCUGAUACGACUGGACCGUCAGUGACACUGAUACACCGGAGGGACUCACUAGAUUAUACAAUGGAUGGGGAGAUGGAAGAUAUAGCAAUUGAGAAGCAAUCUCUGACCACCCAACAUGAAGACAACGUGAGUCAUGGAAGUGGAGAAGGCGUGUCUCGUGACGUAUGGGCGCGAAAGACAGAAUAUAUCCUGUCUUUGAUUGGUUUCUCUGUGGGAUUGGGUGUGGUCUGGAGAUUUCCUUACCUGUGUAUGCGCAACGGAGGGGGUGCUUUCCUAGUUCCUUUUUUCAUCUUCAUGUUAAUCUGUGGAUUCCCGCUAUACUUCAUGGAGUUGAGCCUUGGACAGUUUUCCGGAAAAAGUCCGUUAGUGCUAUGGUGUAUUUGCCCUUUGUUUCAAGGCUUGGGAUUCUGUAUGGUGACGAUUUCAUUCAUAAUAACAUGGUAUUAUGGCCUGGUGGUAGCCUGGGUCCUGUGUUAUCUCUUCUACUCCUUUUUCCCGACGUUGCCCUGGGCGUCAUGCGAUAAUUCCUGGAAUUCCGAAAACUGUGUAGUCCUGCGGUCAGCAAAUCCUAGCAAUGCUUUAAAUUUUACAUUGCUGAAUGGGAGUACAUUCCUCAACGCAUCAUAUGAAAUCAACAGAAACAUCAGUGUCAAUACCUCAUCUCUGGAACCCUCCCAGAAAUUCUACCCUACAGCUGCAACAGAGUUCUGGAGAUACAACAUUCUCGGGAUAUCCUCUGGUAUUGACGUCAUCGGCACACCACAAUGGCAUCUAGUCCUCACUUUGUUUAUUUCCAUGUUUGUGACCUUCCUGUGUGUAGUCAAGGGUGUGAGGUCUGUCGGUAAGGUGGCGUACGUGACUGCUUUACUGCCAUAUCUUCUCCUGACUGUUAUACUGAUUCGGAGCCUGACACUGGAGGGAGCUAUGACGGGCAUCAUAUACUACAUAAAACCAGACUUCUCACGACUCCUAACUGUAAAGGUAUGGUUCGAAGCGGCUCUCCAGGUGUUUUACUCACUAGGACCUGCCUAUGGUGGGGUUAUCACUAUGGCUAGCUACAAUAAGUUCCACAACAGAUGUUUGGGUGACGCAGCGUUGUGCACCACCGUCGACUGCUUCAGUAACUUUUAUUGCGGAUUCGUCGUCUUCAGCAUUCUCGGAUUUCUUGCUCAUGAAUCUGGAUUAUCAGUCGAGGAAGUUGCCGAAGGAGGACCCGGUCUGGUGUUCCAAGUAUAUCCCGAGGCUUUAUCCCGCAUGCCUUUACCAAAUUUAUGGUCCGUUCUUUUCUUUAUCAUGCUCUUCGCUGUUGGUCUGGAUAGCCAGUUUGGCCAGUUGGAAACAAUCAUGGGAGGUUUGAGAGAUAUGUAUCCAACGACGUUUGGGAAACGGAAAAACGUCACGCUACUGGCUGUGUUCUGUGUCUUCUUCCUCAUAAGUCUUAUAUUCGCUACACCGGGAGGCGUUUUUGUUUUUACAUUGGUUGACUGGUAUUCUACAGCUUACUGCAUUUUUCUGACAGCUUGUUUUGAAUGCAUUGUAGUGGGAUGGAUAUACGGUGCAGAGCGCUUUAGCCGAGAUGUGGAAAUGAUGAUUGGCAGACAGGUGCCCGCAGCUAUACGUAUAUCAUGGUGCAUAAUUACACCUAUAGCUACAUUUGCUGCGUUUCUUGCUAGUGUGUUGUCCUUGGAGAGUCCGCGGUAUAGCGAGUAUCUGUUCCCCUAGUUAUACUCAUGUUUUGGGAGUAUUUAUAGCCCUCCUGGCUGUGUUACCAAUCCCUGUAGUAGCACUGAAAGGAAUCAUUUUGUCCAAAGGUCCCUUAAGAAAGAGAUUUAUGCGUUUGUCACGACCAAACCCCGAAUGGGCACCAAACGACAAGGACGCUUUAAUGACCUAUGAAGUAUAUGAAAACGCAGGUGGACUAUUGGAAAAGAUUAAAACAAACCUAUUUGGCCCGCAGUAGUCAAUGGAAAAUGACAAUCUGUAUAAUAAUAAACAAUUUCAUGAUUAAUUAACAGUUUUAGGUACUGUUUCAUAUUGAAAUCUUCCUAUCUGUUCAUAUAUGACUAUAUGCGAUCGUUAAAAGUAUAAAAUUAAAAACAAAAA